GGCGGCAGCCGCCAUCUUGGGCGCUGGGCAGCGAGCGGCGGCGGGCAGCGGCAGAUGCGCUUCCGUUCUUCCCUGGGUUGUGUUUUUGGAUUCAGUAAAGCUCAGGAAAUGCGGCCCGUGUUUAUCAUCCACUGCAGUUGACUUCUCUCCUCACUAGGAAAUGACUCACUUUUGAUCCCAGUCUCCUCCACGUAAGAUAUGUGAUUCCACGUUCUGUUUUCUACUUGCUUUAGUAUAUGACAAAGCUGCUGUCAAGCUUUAGCCUUAGGCUGCCGAAAUCCAAGCCUGGAACUUUCCCAGAUAGGUCUUCAGCAACAUGGGAAGAGGAGACUAAAGUUCCACCAUGAUCGGAGGCUUAUUCAUCUAUAAUCACAAAGGAGAGGUUUUAAUCUCUCGAGUCUACCGAGAUGACAUUGGGCGGAAUGCUGUUGACGCCUUCCGUGUCAAUGUCAUCCACGCACGGCAGCAGGUGCGCUCGCCUGUCACCAACAUUGCCCGCACAAGUUUCUUCCAUGUCAAGCGUUCCAACAUCUGGCUGGCUGCUGUCACCAAGCAGAAUGUCAACGCUGCCAUGGUAUUCGAGUUUCUUUACAAGAUGUGCGAUGUGAUGACUGCCUACUUCGGGAAGAUCAGUGAGGAGAACAUAAAGAACAACUUUGUGCUGAUCUACGAGCUACUGGAUGAAAUCCUGGACUUUGGCUAUCCUCAGAACUCUGAAACAGGGGCCCUGAAGACGUUCAUCACUCAGCAAGGCAUCAAGAGUCAGACUAAGGAAGAGCAGUCCCAGAUCACCAGCCAGGUGACUGGACAGAUUGGAUGGAGACGUGAAGGGAUCAAAUAUCGUCGCAAUGAACUGUUUCUUGAUGUGCUGGAGAGCGUGAAUCUCUUGAUGUCCCCCCAGGGUCAAGUUUUGAGUGCCCAUGUGUCUGGUAGAGUGGUGAUGAAGAGUUACCUGAGUGGAAUGCCAGAGUGCAAGUUUGGCAUGAAUGACAAGAUUGUCAUUGAAAAACAGGGCAAAGGGACUGCGGAUGAAACGGGGAAAAGUGGCAAACAGUCAAUCGCCAUCGACGACUGCACUUUCCACCAGUGCGUGAGGCUCAGCAAGUUUGAUUCUGAGAGGAGCAUCAGCUUCAUUCCACCAGAUGGAGAGUUUGAGCUCAUGAGAUACCGAACCACUAAGGACAUCAUCCUUCCCUUCCGUGUGAUCCCGCUGGUGCGGGAGGUGGGUCGGACCAAGCUAGAAGUGAAGGUGGUGAUCAAAUCAAAUUUCAAGCCCUCCUUGCUGGCCCAGAAGAUAGAGGUCCGGAUCCCAACGCCCCUCAAUACCAGUGGAGUGCAAGUCAUCUGUAUGAAAGGGAAGGCGAAGUACAAGGCCAGUGAGAACGCCAUUGUCUGGAAGAUAAAACGUAUGGCUGGAAUGAAGGAAUCCCAAAUCAGUGCGGAGAUUGAGCUGCUGCCCACUAAUGACAAGAAGAAGUGGGCUCGGCCCCCGAUCUCCAUGAAUUUUGAGGUCCCAUUUGCCCCCUCUGGGCUGAAGGUGCGCUACCUGAAAGUCUUUGAGCCAAAGCUGAACUACAGUGACCACGAUGUGAUCAAAUGGGUGAGGUACAUCGGCAGGAGCGGGAUCUACGAGACCAGAUGCUAGCCCCAGCAGGCUGGCGGGCUCCCUCUUCUCCAAGCCAUCCUCCGCCUCUCCUCAGUCUUCAAGUACAUUCAGAGAAAGCAUCUGCCUGGCCCCUGUACGCGGAUCAGGAGGCCCUGUGGCUCACCUCGGGAGCAGACUUCCCUGCCUGCGCUCGGUUAGCACCCCCGCUGCAGCUGCAGUUCAGAACCACCCGGGUGUGCGCAGGGGCGCAGUCAGCGUCCUGCUCCCUGUCCCAGGGUGGGGAAGGGCCAGUCUAACUCCCAUCCUCUCAUGAUCUUUCUAGGAAACAUUCACCAUUAAACUCCUCUUCUGUUGGUGUCUCACUACUUGCAUCAUAUCCUAGUAUUUUUGAAGUUCUUGUGCAUAUGUACUCGUAGAAUAGACUUAAACAUAGACUGGACAAAUCUGAGUUGAAGUUACCCUGGCUUCUGUACUAGCUAUUGCUGUUGUGGUAGAUGUUGCUGGCCAGUCUGAGAUGCCUGGGGUGGUGAGUUUGGGCCUCCACCAGAAGAGAUGGUGGGGCUCACCGCAUCUCACCACCACCACCACCUUAUAUUUCUUGCAAAGUCGUCAGUAUAGAGUCCUGCCGUGGGAGGGUUUGUGACCAAAAAAGAUGAGGGUUUAGACUCUUGCUGGUGUGUGUGUGGGUGGCACAGCAUUGCAGGUCCUCGGAGCGCUUACCCCCACCCACUGCUGGCUUGAGCCAGUCUGUCCUUUCCAAACAAAUUGGAAAUGUGGCCCCUCUGUCCCAGGGAGUGCGGGUCAGCUGAGCUCUGUCAGGAUGCAAACAGGGUUUGUCCUCGGGGAAUCUCAAAUGCGGUUGGCAGCAGGAGCCCCCUGCCCCAGCCUGCCCUCUCCACACUUCUCCCAAACGCUUCUGGGCCAUAGGAAUGCUGCUGCUACCCACAGUCCUGCUUCUGGUAGUGUGGUCUCCAUUUUGUACACUUUGUGAUUUGUCCAGCUCUGAAUCUAAUAAAGUAUGUAGAACGGA